AACCUCCUUGGUUUUCACGUUUCCUUUGCUGCUGUCCGGCCACAGACGGGCCUCUCGCAGGCAGGUCCCAAUGCAGUGCAGCCAGCACUCUCCUCUGCACUUACUUUAUGUUGAGUUGUGUAUAAAAAAAAGAAUAACCACAUUCCUUGGUUGGCUUUGUCAGGUGGUUAGAGAGGCCCAUUCUACAGGGCUGUCAGCCCCCCACGCAGCCUGGGAGCUCCGCACCCAAGGCGAGCAGGGGGUCUGCCCCUGCACAGUUGUUCUCCAAGAGGGAGGGUGCUCUCUGCCACUGGAAGCUUGCUCUGCUGGAGGCUGCAGGCACGUACAAAUAGGAAUGAGCCAUUGGCAGGCUCCAGCCCGGUCCUGCUCCUCCAUGAUUUGUACAUCCGGCUCCUGAACAUUUACACCUUUGAAACUACUGCAGUCAAUGCAAUCCAAGGAAGCUGCCCGGCCAGUCUGCGAGAGCUGUCUACCUGCAGCAGCAGUUCGCCUGACUUGGGAUCCCAGAACUGAAGUUCCCAGCAGUAGAUUGUGAUGAAUCCCUGGAACCUUUUAAACUCUGUCUUUUCUGCCCCUCUCCUCACUCCUGUCUGCACAUGGGGGAGCCCCAGGCGUCGGGGAAUUGACAGGGAGCCUAGGGAGGAGCCAGUCAUUCCCAGGCCUGAGCGCUGAGGUGGGAACGAGCUAGGGUACUUGGUGCGUUGCCUGGCACCUGCUUCCCUCUGUUUCUCCCCCAUGUGCUGCUGUUGCAGUGCUGGGCCUGGUGAGUGUGUUGGCCAAGCUGGGCUGCACAGGGAGCUCGAACCCAGACCUGCUCUGGUAAGUGCAGUCGAUUUACAGGGGGCUCUUUCCACCAGAACAGCCUGAGCUGUGUGAGCUGCUGAGGGGGUUGCUCAGUCUCAGGAUCUGGGCCGAGAACUGAUUUUGCUACAGACCAGCAGAAGGUUUGCAGGCAGCACCCCCAGCGAUUGUCCAGACCCUGCUGCUCAAGCUGUGUGUGACACUCCCUCACCCCGCACUGGCUCAACUCCUGGGCCUGCAACAAGGAAUCUCUGGGCCUAGCUAUGCAGUCGAGGGCUGAAUUGAAGGAUCUGCUCUCUCCCUGGCUCAUUCCUUGCAGAAUAUAACAUUGUGCAGGGGCUGCAGCCACAACAGGUUCCUUUGGGAAAGCUCCUGCAGGCAGAAAGGUACCUUUGGGUUUACCAUGGCACUCCACAGACCAGCAACCCUGCCAGCAGCAGAGCACAGAGGCAGCACGAUGGAAAAGAGCCACUGCUAGUCUUGUUGCCUGAAGCAUUGGAACUGGAGCACCGUUACUACGGGAGACAGGGACGGGGAGCUAUUGGCACUGGGAGCUGGACGGGGUUCUGAGCAAUGGACGACUCACCAGAGUCAUCAGCAGAGGAGCCUAUGGAAGAGACAGCAGGGGAGCCGUUCACAGGGCCCGUGGAGGAGGAGCUCCCUUGCCUGACUCACGUCUACACACUGUAUAUUGGGAACUUAAACCCCAAGUACUCGCGGGAGGUUCUCUGCAGCAUGCUGAAGGACAUUCUGGGCACUGCCAACCUCCCCCUGCAGCGGCACGACAUAGAAGUGGUGAGGAAACCGAGACGGGCCUACGCCUUGGUGCAGGUGUCCACUGAGCUGAGCCUGGAGAACGUCCUGAAGCAGCUCCAGGUUGCCUCAGACAUGGAGCAACAUCUCCUCAAAGAGCUAGUGAUGAAAGGGAAAACCCUGGUAGUGGCGGAAGGCAGGAGAGCCUCGCCCAGUGCUAAGGAGUGCCAAGAGAGUGACACACAGAUGAAUGGUGCCAGCGCCCCAGACUCUCCCGUGCUGGGGCAUUUGCAGUCUGGCAAGAGCAGGCUGUGGGGGUCCGAGGAAGCUCAGCCCAGCCCUAGUUGGAAGGGCCCCCCUCAAGCCUGGAAGCUGGUGGAGUGGCCGGCAGUGUCUCUUAGCGGCACCAGGUCAGACAGCGCCAUCGUUCGGAGGGAGAUCGUGGGCCAGGAGCGCUUGUUCUAUGGCGCUUUCAUGGGGAGCGAGACCCGGAACGUGGAGUUCAAGCGGGGUGGAGGGGAAUAUCUGAGUGGGACCCUCAAACACCACAUCCGGAAGUAUGUGUGCGCCUUCCUCAACAGCGAAGGCGGCAGCCUCUUCGUGGGGGUGGAAGACAGCGGCUUCGUGCAUGGGGUCAGGUGUGGGCCCAAAGAGGAGGACCGCAUCCGUCUGCUCAUUGACUCCAUUCUGAAAGGGUUCAAGCCGCAGGUGUUCCCCGAUGCCUACACUCUGACCUUCAUCCCUGUGGUCAAAGCAGAAGACACCGGCAUCUUCUUGAAGGUGAUCCGGCUAAGCGUCCAUCUGCCCAGGCAGCAGGGGGAGCUGCUGCUUUAUGAAACGGACCAGGGGGAAGUGUACCUGCGCCGGGACGGCAGCAUCCAGGGACCACUCUCUGGGAGCGCCAUCCAGGAGUGGUGCAGGCAGAAAUGGACAGGAGAAGUGAGGAAGCUGGAAGAGCGGAUAGAGAGUUUGAUGAAGGAGAAGGAGAGCCUGCAGCAACAAAUCAACAAGCAGCAGAGCCCGAAUCCCAACUCUAGAUUCUGUACCAUCCUGUGAGACACAACAGAGCAGGAGAAGCACUA